CCUCCCUCCGCCCUUGCUGUCCGGAGACGCCGCCGCAGCUGGGCCGGAGGCUCCGCGGACUCGGUGCGCCCGGCGCCCCGCAUGGACCAGUCGGGGGUGGUGCAGGAGGCGCUGGCCGCCGGGCAGACGUGCCUCGCCGCCGUGCAAGGCACCCUGGUGGUGGGGCAGGCGAGCCUGGAGAGCCGGUUGCUGGGCCUGGUGGAGAGCGGCGGGAGAUGCCUGGUCUGCCUCUACACCCACCGCCGCAUGGCCAUUGCCGCCGAGGACCUGUGCCUGGAGCGGGUGCUGCGCCUGGAGGAGGGCUUUGCGCUGGAAGAAGUGGCUAUGGAGACGGAGCUGCCCACUCUAGGAUCAGAUGUCACCAUCCGGAUUGUCUCACCUGAGGCCAACUUGCUGGUGCGACUGCCUUUUGGCUCCCAGACCCAGAUGUUCUUGAGGGAGGUUAGGAAACGCUGUGUUGCAGGUGGAACAGUUCUGAAGCCUGCGUGGCCUGCAGGAAGAUCUGACCACGCUUCUUCUCAGGGGUGUUCGGUUUUUCCAGGCAUUGCUGGGAAAGAAGACCUCCCACCAGAGGGGGAGACGUGGCCUGGCAGGAGCAAAGGGCAGAGCGUGCCUGGUGGGGCACCCAGACCCUCCCUCUCUCCCUCCCUCCUCAUUUCUAGGCCAAGCAAGACCCACAGAGAGGAAACCCCGAAUGUACUGGCGUCCAGCGAGACCCUGGGCCAGAGGCGACCCACCCUCAAGUCCCAGCUCCUACAGAAGGAGGACCUGUAUACAUCCCUCUGCCACUUCAAGUUCUUUGUUGGUUCGUACAAUGUGAAUGGUCGGGCACCCCAGGAGAGCCUUCUGCCCUGGCUGAGUCAUGAUGCGGACCCUCCAGAUGUCUACUGUGUGGGCUUUCAGGCUCUGGAUCUGAGUCAAGAGGCUGCUAUGUUUAAUGACACACCCAGAGAAGAGGAAUGGUUUGAAGCUGUGACCAAGAGCCUUCACCCAAGAGCCAAGUAUGCAAAGAUCAAAGUUGUUUGGCAUGUCGGAAUCUUGCUGCUGCUCUGCAUGAGGAGGGAGCUUGCUGCCAAUGUUUCGGAUGUGUGUGGGGUGACAGUCGGCUCCCUGGGUGGCACGGACAUCAAGGGGGCCGUGGCCAUCCGCUUCAGGUUCCACAGCACCACUAUUUGUGUGGCGAAUGCCCACCUGACAGCCCACCCACCGGAAUCUGAGCAGUACAGCCAGGACAUCCGUGACAUCUGUGCCCGCCUGCAGUUUUUCCAGCAGGAUCCCAGCCUCCCAACCAUCCCUCUCAGCCAGCAUGACAUCGUCGUAUGGCUGGGGGACUUGAACUCCCAGCUGGAACAGCAGAACAUGGAUCAAGUAAAGAAGCUGGUGGAGGCCCAAGAAUUCCGUGCUCUUUAUCGACAUGAUCAGCUGAGGAGCCAAAUGGAGGCAAAGAGGGUGUUUGAAGACUUCACAGAGGGAGAGGUCAUCUUCCAGCCCACCUACAAAUACAAAAUUAGCUCGGACGAAUGGGAUACCAGCGAGCAGUAUUGUGCCUUUGCCUGGUGUGACCGAAUUCUCUUCAAAGGGGAGACCAUCUCUCAGCUGGACUAUCGAAACCACCUGACCUUGAGGAACAGCGACCACAAGCCAGUCAGUGCUGUGUUUGACAUUGCGGUGAAAGUGGUGGAUGAACAGCUCUACCGCAAAGUCUUUGGGGAAACUGUGAGCUCCAUGGACAAGAGGGAGAAUGCCAGUAUCCCAUCAGUCACUCUCUCCAAGAGGGAGUUCUUUUUCAGGGAUGUGAAGUUUAUGCAGCUACAAAUGGACGUCCUCAUCAUCUGCAAUGGGCCAACCCCUUGCCAGUUUGAGUUCAUCUGCAAGCCACAUGAAAGCAGCUAUUGCAAGCCAUGGCUAACAGCAAAACCCAGCAAGGGCUUCUUGUUAUCAGAUGAUGAGGUAACCAUUGAGUUGGAAGUGUUUGUGAAUAAAUCAACAGCAACCCAUUUAAACUCUGGAGAAGACCAAUUGGAAGAUGUCUUAGUUUUACACCUUCACCGGGGCAAGGAUUAUUUUUUACCUGUGACAGGAAAUUAUUGCCCCAGCUGCUUUGGGACCCCCAUACAUGCUCUCAUUCACAUGAGACAACCCAUUCAAGAUAUAUUGCCAGAAACCAUCAGGAAGCUGACACUGAUGCCAUUGCAGUCAGGAGAAGAUUUCUUCUGGGAUGAGAAGCCCUUGGACGUACCCAAGGAAUUGUGGAUGAUGGUGGACCAUCUGUACCAUAAUGCUUGCCAAAAGAAGGACCUAUUCCAGCAGCCUGGCCCUCGAGCUGAAUUUCCGGAGAUCCGCGACUGCCUGGACACAGGAACAUUGGACACACUCGUUGGCAGCAGCUGCUCUGUAGCUGAAGUUCUGCUUCUCUUCUUGGAGAGUCUUCCAGAGCCAGUUAUCUGCUUCCAGCUGUAUGACCGCAGUGUGGAGAGUGCUGGCAGCUACGGCCUGAGUAGUCAGGUAGUUUCCAUGCUCCCCCGGUGCCACAAAAACGUUUUCAAUUAUCUGAUGGCAUUUCUACGGGAACUGCUGCAACAUUCUGAGAAAAACCACUUGGAUGGGCAUAUCCUUGCGAGUGUAUUUGGGCCUGUCCUGCUGCGUCCUCCACCUGGCCACCCAGCGCCCGACACUGUUGAGAAGCAGAAGGCCCAGCAGUUCCUCCAGCACUUCCUUUUCCAGGAAGGAAGCUCACCUUGAAGGCUUUGGGAAGAUUGUCAGUGGGAUUCCUGGGAAGAUGCUUUGGUAUAUUCAGAAAAUUACAUGCUUUACUACUUUAAAAUGUUUUAAAAUAAAGAUAAUCUUUUAAAAAUAAUACAAAGAAACAAUUUCCAAAAACUAGUAGUGGGUUUUGGUAUUAAAGGAGAGACUAAUGUGGAUUCUGACUCUUCAUAUCCCAGUUUCUGUGGGGAAAAAAUCAUUCUCCUCCAUUGCUUUUCAAUUUAAUUUUCAACCCCAAGUCAGGUGCUUUGAUUUAAAUAAAUGAAUUCUUUUUUAA